CUAUUAUGCAUCCUCUAUCCCUCUCCUUUAAAUAGAAAAUUCAUAUCCCAUACGUAGUACUAUCGUCUAAUCUUACGAUCCAGCUUGGUCACUGAUCAAAAGGCCGCACCUCAUAUUUAUCUCCAAGCAGAAUCCUCAUGACCGGAAGUCAACCCAUUGACCUCACCGUGCUGGGUCACUUUCCGGUGGCACCACCGCCGGAAGCCGCAGCAAAUCUGACCCUUCCGCUCACGUUUCUCGACCUGCUCUGGUUGCACAUGAACCCGGUUCACCGACUCAUCUUCCAUCACCACCCCAUAUCAAAAACCGACUUUAUAGAUACCCUUUUUCCUCUAAUGAAAAGUUCUUUAUCCAAAACCCUUCAACACUAUAGUCCCUUCGCCGGAAAAUUGGUAGUCUCAUCUGACAAUUCCAUCUUGCCGGGAAUCCGUUACAUUGACGGCGACUCUGUGACGUUAGUCUUGGCGGAAUCCACAUUGACCGAGGGCGACUUUGACCAUCUUGUGUCUAAUAGUGCUAAAAGUUGUGCGGAUUCUCAUCCGCUUGUUCCGAGAUUACCCCCGCCGUCAAGAAAUUUUGACGGAUCUACACAAGUCCCUCUGUUAGCGUUACAAGUAACACUAUUCCCAAACGUCGGGUUUUGCAUCGGCGUCACUUUUCAUCACGUCGUCGGUGACGGUAAAACCAUCUUCGGUUUCUGGAAGACAUGGGCUUUCUUUUCCGGCGGCGGCGACCAGAAAGUCAAACCUGAUUCUCUACCGUUUUUCGAUAGAACAGAGCUCAAAGAAGGCAGAGGAAGAUUAGAAGCCAUUUUCUGGGAAAAUCAAAAGAAUGUCAAAAUCGAGGAUACCCUUGUUGACCUGCUUCCAACGGUCAAGAACAAGGUCCGUUCCACGUUUACACUGACACGUGGCGACAUCCAAAGGCUCAAGAGCCACGUCAUGGCACGACGUCCGGAACUGGCACAUGUAACCUCAUUCACGGUGACGUGUUCGUUCGUGUGGAACUGCGUGAUACGAUCUCGCCACGUGGCGGGCGUGUACGCUAAUGAUGAUGAAGAUGAGCUGUUUGGUUGUAUGGCGGAUUGUAGGGCGCGUUUGGAUCCGCCGUUGCCUGAAAACUACUUCGGGAAUUGCAUCACUGUUUGUUAUGGAUAUGCGAAGGUUAGGGAACAUGUGGGCGAGGAUGGGUUGGCGGCGGCCGCGGCGGUGAUCGGAGAAAGCAUACGUGGCCAGCUGUACAAUAACCACAAAGAUGGAGUCCUGAAAGGAGCUGAAGAUUGGUAUACGCUGCUCUCCACAAUUAAUAUGGACCGUACAUUGAGUGUGGCUGCGUCCCCCAAGUUUGACUAUUAUGGGUUAGAUUUUGGAUGGGGAAAGCCUAAAAAGUCGGAGAUUCCAUCAAUAGAUAUAACAGGGGCCAUAUCUCUCGCUGGAAGCAAGGAUGAGGAAGGUGCACUUGAGAUUGGUUUGGCAUUGCCAGUUACACAGAUGGAUGCUUUUACCAGAUUUUUUGAGGAGGGUUUGAAGGCCUUGUAGGUUGGAUUUGAUCUCGUUGACCUGAAACAAUGCUAUUUAUUUUUUGCCAAUAAAAUCAUGGUGAUUGUCAUAUUUUGAGUAUUUCAGCUUAAGGGGUGUGAAUUUAAUAAGACAUUAUUUGGAGAAAAUGUGUAAUACGGAGUAUGUGAUAGUAAAAGGUUCUAGGGAAAUAGUAAUAGGACUUUGAACUAUUAAACUCCUAAAUAAGACUAAUUUUCAAUCAAUUGCGG